CCACAUACCAUCCGUGGUGACAUCUGGGGAAAAAGAACUUGUCCAAGUGACCUCAACAAGAGAAUCUGUUGUAUAUGCUGGCAAUGCAAGUGACCUCGGAAGUGAUUAUCGUGAUGAGCUCCUGAAACAAAUCGCCUGGAUGAUAGUCUUACCAGCCACCCCAGCCGCCUCUUGCAGCAGCACUACGUAAGCAAGAGAAGAACCUGUAUCUUUUUCGUUUGUACUUUUCUCCUCAUCCUCGUCAUUCUGCUCCUUCACUUUGUUGAUAACGUCCGGAAUUUCACACGCUCACUUCACUUUGCGCCGACACUGAACAUUCUAUCCCGUCCGCUGUGUCACUACAAUCAAAUCCAUCAACCAAUCGCAUAAAUCCAAACGACACCCACCAAUCCGACUCAAUCAGUCCUCGAGCGGCAGCCUUGCGAAAGCGAGAAGCUACACACAAUCAUUCAACCACAAAUUCGACAGCCCAACAAAGCAUACACAAUGUCAGCUCUCGACAGCGCAGCACCAGUGCAGGCCAGAGCCAUCAACGCAAUGUCAGUUCCGUGGAUCAUCGCAAAGAGAGCACUGCCAGGCAUCGUCGGACGCACAACAAGCCCACCUCAGUUCCUGUCAGCAAGAGACAGCAUGGUCGCCAUCCCUACCGUCUACUACGGCCUCGACAGCGGUCCCGAUGCUGGCACUGUUGUCGGCGCAACACUCGGUUCAGUCGCAGGUUUCAUCCUCCUCGUCUGGCUCAUCCAAACUCUCGCAAGCGGCCGCAACAAGCAACCCGACGAAGAAGUCAUCAUCCGUCACGAACGCUCGCCUAGAAGACGUCGUAGAUCUGAGAUGCGCUCCGUUAGCAGAGGUCCCGAACGUGUCAUCCGUCAAGAGAGAAUUGUCAGAGACACAAGCCGCGCACCGCCACCCAUGAGAAACAGCUUUGUCGUCGAGCCUGAGAGAAGAGUCGAUGGAGAUGACAUUGUCGAAGUCAUCGAGGAGCAGUCCUCUGUCGCACCCAGAAGAAAGAGUCGCAGAGGCAGCGGUACAUACCGGUCAGUAGACCCUCUGAUGUACGAUGAUCGAGGCUACGUACACAGAGAUGUGUAUUAGUCUUGGGCAUGCGUACAUACUACUUCGGCCGCAUCUGCAGCGGACUAAUGUGCCUUCGCAGAUACAGAUGAUCAACGACACCCAAGGCAAAAUCGCAUCGUUUGUUGAACCUCAGCACACGACAGAUUAGCGUGACUAAUGGUGGUUCAUCUUGUAUUAUGGGAGUUCUGAGAAGGGCGUUCAUGGGCCGAAGGUUGUUGAAUGUAAAUAAUGGUCUCGAGGAACAGGCGGCCUUCCACGGAAGGCGGUACAGCAGGGGAUACGGGAUUGCUUUUUUUUCUACUCGAGCGGUAGUCACGUAUACAAUAGUGGUGUCGAUGACUAGAAUCGGAGUUAACCUCGUCGAUAUCCUCAAUUCGAUGCUAUCUCUCUUCAAGCC